GGGUGGGGGUGGGCAGGCAGAGACACGAGUGACAAGUCAGGGAGGGGGUGGGCGAGGAGUUACCCCACCGGGCAGAAGAGUGAGGGGAAGUAGUGGGUAACUGGUGUAAGUGUGUGGGAAGUGCUGUGCACUGCUGUAUACUGAGGUGUCAACUGGCAGUGGGUGUAUAUAGUAUAUAUAGUUAUGCAUACUGGCUGUCACCUAUAGGCAGAGCUGCCAGGCUUACCCUAUGGGUGACUGUGCAAGCUUCAGGGUCUGGCUGUGUGCAAUGCAGGGAGUAGUACUGUGCCUAUAGACCUACAGGGGCAUUGCAUACAAAGGGGUCUAUAUGGGUGACGUAUCAGUGUGUUAUUAAUACGCCUAUAGAAAGCUAAAGUGUGCACAUUAUAUAUACAUAUAGGGACAUAGCCCUAGCCGCUAAGCGAAUGAUUGCAUGGCGUAGCAUGGUCAUUGUAUAGCCGUUGUGUAAAGUCUCAUUUAUCCUAUUGGAACGCGGUUGAGCCAAGGGGAAAAAGAGUGCUGGGAAGAGACCGCUCAGGAUGUCUCUGGAGGAUCCCUUCUCUGUGGUCAGAGGGGAGGUGCAGAAAGCACUAAACACCAGCAAAGGCCUGUAUCAGCGCUGGUGUGAACUCCUCCAAGAUGGCAAUGUCACCAGUGUAGAAGAGUUUGAUUGGACAACUAACGAACUUAGGAAUUCUCUUCGGAGCAUAGAAUGGGACCUGGAGGACCUGGAAGAGACCAUCAACAUUGUGGAAUCAAACCAGCAAAAAUUCAAGAUAUCCGGAUCAGAGAUUAGCGAGAGGAAGAUGUUUGUGGAGAACACACGGAGUUCCCUAAAGGAAAUGAGGGAUCAUAUCUCUAGCCCUAGAGCCCAGGCUUUUACUGAGAGAAAGAGCAGAGAGGCAUUAGGAAUCUCUAACCCACCGCCCUCAGAUCGCUUUGCUCGCCUCGAUGAUGAGAUUAUCUCGGGAAACUCGCGUUACGUGGACGAUCAGCAAGCACAACAACAGCUGAUUAUGGAUGAUCAGGACGCCGAGCUGGAGCUAGUGUCCGGCAGUAUCCGAGUUCUGAAGGACAUGUCUGGGCGCAUUGGAGAUGAACUGGAUGAACAAGCAGUGAUGCUGGAUGACUUCUCCCAAGAGAUGGACAACACUCAGACCCGUAUGGACUCGGUGCUCAAGAGACUGGCCAAAGUAUCUCACAUGACUAGCGACCGACGGCAGUGGUGUAUGAUCAUCGCACUGGUGGUUGCCCUUAUCAUUGUACUGAUUUUGCUGUUCACGUUGGGAUAGGAAAAGGGCCAUAAGCCGGGAGUGACUGGGACCGCUCCUAUGCCCCUUGUGCCAUAUUUGUGGUGCUUACAAGUUACAAAUGGUGAUGAGGUCAAUCUAGUUCCCAGCAGAGAAGCUUGAAGACAGAAGGGGGCGCUGCAAGACACCGUACAGCUGCCACUUACCUGCUGCUGUAUACUAACCAAUAAGUUACUUUUGCUUUUUUAUUUUUAUUUUGUGAGAGCAUUUGGCCUGUAUGUGUGAGCAGGUAUCAACGGCAGAAGAUAUUUCGUACUUUUCUUCCUGAUGCCUGAUUGGACUCAUCCCAACCUUUUAAAUCAUAAAUUGGAACUACGCUUUAAAAAUGAAUAACUGUAAAGGUGAGUGAACGCAAACGCUCCCGAUUCCGAAGCAGCCUGCUGAACACUGCUGUAUUGUAGAGAAGGGCCAUUCCACCUCCAGUUAGAGAUGGUUGGGCCCACUAGUGCAGAUACCAUCUGCGUGUAAAGCACUUUUGAGCCUGAAUUGCACUGGCACGGUCUCUUACAGGCUCACUCUCACCGAUGCAUUCACAAAUGUUAAGAUUGCGUGUAAUGUUUCAUAACCUGUAUCAUGCAUUUAAUGAGUAAAACACUUUAUUUACUGA